AUGGGCUCCAAAAGAGAUCUUAGCGGCUCCAUAACAACUCCAGAUGUUAAGCUAAAUCUUGGAGGAGAAUUCAUCAAAGAAUCUACUGCCACUACAUUCCUAAGACAGAGAGGGUAUGGCUGGCUUCUGGAAGUGGAAGAUGAUGACCCAGAAGAUAACAAGCCACUCCUGGAAGAACUCGACAUUGAUCUGAAGGAUAUUUACUACAAAAUUCGAUGUGUGUUGAUGCCUAUGCCAUCUCUUGGGUUUAAUAGGCAGGUAGUGAGAGACAAUCCAGACUUCUGGGGUCCUCUGGCAGUUGUGCUUUUCUUCUCGAUGAUUUCAUUAUAUGGACAAUUUAAGGUUGUUUCUUGGAUUAUAACUAUUUGGAUAUUUGGAUCCUUGACAAUUUUUUUACUGGCCAGGGUUCUUGGAGGAGAAGUUGCUUAUGGCCAAGUUCUUGGUGUGAUAGGAUAUUCCUUGCUUCCCCUCAUUGUCAUAGCACCCGUACUUUUGGUGGUCGGAUCAUUUGAAGUUGUUUCUACCCUAAUAAAAUUGUUUGGAGUCUUUUGGGCUGCAUACAGUGCUGCAUCCUUACUAGUUGGAGAAGAAUUCAAGACAAAGAAACCCCUUCUAAUUUAUCCAAUCUUUUUAUUAUACAUUUAUUUUCUGUCCUUGUACACUGGGGUGUGAUCUAGUGCAAGAUGUGGCCAGAAGCCAUAUUUUAUUCACUUGCAGACUGGUAAAGCAUAAGAUUAAGGAGGCUGGAGAUAAUCCAAGUGACUGUUUUGUAUCCAGUUGUCAAGAUGUUUUAAGAUCGAAGAGCAUAUUUGUGUAUAUUAUUUAAUGAAGCAAUUGUAGCUAUAUAGAUUUGUAUCAAAGUUCUAGGUUUGUUUAAGACUCUUCAGAUUUUAAUGAACAAAAUAAAAGAACCUUGUGUUUUACAAGAAAGCGUAGCAAAACCACAACUCAAUACCUGUGCCAAAAGCACUAGGACCAGAUUACUAUAUAUUCGAGGAGAAAAAUGAGAAGUUAACUGUAACGAUCUCAAAGUGCAAUUUUUCUUUGGAGCUUAAACACAGCUGGCUUUUUUGGCACAGCAAAUUCUGUAGAUAAUAUAUAUUUAUGAAACAGUCCUGAUUGUUCACAGAAUAGUCUGUAUAAUCAAGACAUAAAGAUACUACUUUUAAUUUAGUGCCUCAAUUACUUUGAUUUGGCUAUUGAGUUUUUAUAAAUUCCAAUUUGUUUUCAAAACAUGUAUAUACUGUGUAUUUUGUAUCUAUGGCUUGUGUGUAGCGUAAAUACUCCUUGGUUAAGGAUUGUAUAUUGGGUUUUUAAAAAUUGAAGAUACAAGUAUUUUAAGUCUUCAUUUACUAUCUCUGACCAAAGGAGCAAGAUAUUUACUGUGUGACAUAAUUAAUUAAAAUGCAUAUUUAGAGAAUCAAAUUAUUUUACUUAAAAAUAUAAAUUUAUAGAGAAAUGGGUGAACACCUUUCUCAACUGUAGUGCUGGCUUAAUGUUGGAGAAAAAAGAUGAUCUAUCAAAUUUGUGUGAUCUUUAAACAAUGUUACUUUAUGAUGACAAAAUAAAAAUAAUACUUCCCUAA